CGGUUUAUUUCAACCUCAAAACAUUAAAAUAUUUUUUUACCUUAAUUUACCCAAAAUUUCGGAUUCUAAUUUCCAAAACUUUAUAAGCCCCUUUAUACACAUUUGCCUAAUAUGAAAUUAGGCAAAGCCUAUGAACUGGGCAGUCGGGUGAAGGAAUCAUUUUUUUUCCAUUUAAAGUUGUAAAUUCAUAUUUCAUGCACUGCUUCCGUUUUCAGGCUAUAUCCUUAUAUCUUUAGUGUAUUAUAUACAUGUUUGACGUCGAAAAAUACAUAGGGGUCUAAUCCAGGAGAAUGCCGGUUUUCACACACUCAACUCUCCAUGAUUAUUAUUAAUCCGAAAAGUUGCGAUAACAUAGUCAUGCCAUAAUGUCCCGGAUGUCUGGGACAGUCUCGGAAAUAAGGUGUCUGUCCCGGAGGUGUCCCGGAGAUGAUUUAUGUCCUGGUAAAAAAAAUCUAAAAUAAUCUCCUUUGAACAUGUUUAUAUAAUCAUUUUGUCAAGUUUUUAUAAACUAGCCUAGAACGCUAAUAACAAACGAUUAUCCCCUAACAGCAUUGCAAUGGUGACACUAAUCCUUUGAUUGGUAUAUCUAUAUGCCCCUUCCAACAAACAAUUAUCGGCAAUAAUUUUGAUCAAUUAAAAGAUUAAAUGUUUUCCCCCUGUGGUUUCCUGAGUUGGGGUCGACUCAUACACUGUAAUUAACAACUGACCAGUAUAAAUUUAAUCCGCCUGGAGACAGUUAUUAGUGCUCAAUCACUGUGAAAAUUACCGCUAAAUAUGAGGUGAUGAAAUCUACAAGAUUCAGCGAAUGUUUCUGUCGACCAGAAACAGUUUGCUGGUGUCCAUUUCUACCAGCUGAGAGAAUAGAAAUAUCUACAAGUGUUUUUAUUCUACAACACCCCUUUGAGGAAUUAAGAAAGCUUAAGACUGCGCCCAUGUUGAAACAGAGUCUAGAGGAAGGAAAAUGUAAUAUUAUCAGAGGAAAAAGAUUCAGUAGAAAGAAUAUCAAGUACCCAGAUCUCACAGAUAUAUUGGAAUCUCCUAAAACAGUUUUACUGUUCCCAGGCGAUGAUGCUGUUGAUAUAGCAGAUUUACCAGCCCAUGGUGGGCCCUACAAUCUAGUAGUCCUUGACGGGACGUGGACACAAGCUAGGGGAAUGUAUGCAAAUAAUAAACUUCUCAAGGUGCCAAAAAAGGUGAUGAUAAAUUGUGAUAGAAAAAGCAAGUAUGUGAUACGAACCCAGCCGACAGACAACGCAUUGUCUACAUUAGAAUCUGUUGCCGUGGCAAUCUCUGUACUAGAGAAUAGGCAAGAAUUGGCUGAUGUACUUACUGCUCCCUUAGAAGCUCUCUGUGAUUUUCAAAUACAGUAUGGGGCUGUUCAACACCAGAGUAAAGAAUUUAAAAUUGCCAAUGGACUGUGGCAGAAAAAAUUACCUAAAAAGAUGAUCAAGCGGAUGGAGAAGGAAAGGGACCUUAUGAUGGAAGAGGAGAAAAACAAUGGGGUAGAUGAAGGAGAAAGUUGAUGCUGGCUUUUUAUUAGGCCCUAAUAAAACUAGUUACUAUAAUGUUUAAAAUUACAGGACUGUUAUAUGUAAUAAAUUGUGGAAUACAAUGUCAAAAAAAAAAAUUGAUAAGCUCUUUGAGAUAGUUUGAAUCUUGGGCACAUUGUUUUAUGAACAUUUUUAUAAGCAUAUAGAGUGAGAUUUAUUUAGUAUGUAUUAUGAAAACUGUUGUUUUUUUCUCAUUGUGUCUCUUGUUGAGUGUUUGGGCUUGUCAAUCAGUCCGUCUUCCACAUGUCUGUUUACAUAUUCUAUAAACUCUUUAUAAAUUUCAUUAAAUAAUUGCUCUUAUUAAUUGAAAUGUCUUUAGGUUUUUUACAUAAGUAGGUCAAAGAUGAUUAGAUCAAUGUCACAGUGGCUGUUAAUUUUAAAACUCUUUUCAUGUAAUGUAUUGUUAUUCUGUAUUGAUCCAGGGUUUUCAUUUUAAUCUGGGCUAACAUAACAAAUUUGACCAAAGAUCAAGGGGGAUAUUUUUAUCUACAGGCUGAAAAUAAAACAGAUUGUAACUGUUACAACCUUAAUUAUAACAUACAGGAUCUUUGAAAUUAUGAUUAAAAAUAUUUUAUGUCAGAGUCUACCAGUUUUCACACAAGUUUUAUUGACUUGAAUAUGUAAUUAGUGUAUGUUGAACAAUACAAUAACAUUAUAUAUUGAAUAAUACUGUUACUGUAAAUUGUAUUAAAAUAAUGCCUCCUACUUUCAAAUGUCCUUAAGUUACUGUUUAAAACAAAUUUUACUUAUUACAUUUGUUAAUAAGACUGACAUAUAUUUCUUUACAGCAAUGAAUUAUGAACAUGCAUCAUUUUCAGAUUUUUUAUAAAGAAAAAAUAUUUACCUAAGACAUAAACCUUUUUGGUUAA